AUGGAAUCAUCAAAUUUACAAAUAUACUGGCACGAAUCUCAACCUGUCUAUAGUUUAUGUUUCCAAGAAUCAACUAAUAAAUUUAAAUUAUUUACUGCUGGUGGUGAUAACAAGAUUAGAGCAUGGCAUUUGAAUACCAAAGAAAGUGACACCAAUUCGAAUUGCGUUAAAAUAGACACUAUCGACUUUCUGUCGUCAUUACAACAACAUGAACAGGCAGUUAAUGUAGUAAGAUUUAAUAAUUGUAAACCUAUCAAUAUUCUAGCAUCAGCUGGCGAUGAUGGUCAAGUUCUCUUAUGGAAACAAAACGAUACAAUUGUAAAAGAAUUCGGCAUGGAUGAGGCGGAAGCAAGUGAAUUAAAAGAAUCAUGGUAUGUCUACAGGAGAUUAAGAUAUUCAUCAAAUUCCGAAAUAUAUGAUCUUUGUUGGUCUCCGGAUGAUAAAUACAUUGUUGUUGGAUGUAUGGAUAAUUGUAUUCGUAUAUUUGAUGUUACUACUGAGAAAUGUAUUAUAAAUUUGAAAGAACAUAAUCAUUAUGUUCAAGGUGUAUCGUGGGAUCCAAUGAAUCAAUAUAUCUUUUCACAAUCAGCCGAUAGAUCAGUCCACAUCUAUAAAAUCAUAUUUGAUCAGGAAAAUAAUACUAUCGAAAGUUUAAAAUUGAAAAAUAGGAUUGUUAAAGGUGAUUUACCAUUAAGAGGUAUUAAUGAUAAAAAUAUUAAUUUUGAUUCCGUUAAGAAUUCUUAUUUAUUUUAUAAUGAAACUUUACCUUCUUUUUUUAGAAGAUUAACUACAUCUCCAUGUGGCAGUUUAUUAUGUGUUCCGGCCGGGAUAUAUAAGACUGAAGAUAAGACUAUUAGUGAUACAAAUGAGAGUACAAUCAACUCUGAGAAUUGUAAUGCAGUAUACAUAUAUACACGAGGUUCAUUCUGUCAGGACAAAAUGAAUAAUAGACCAGUGAUGUCUAUACCACUAUUAAAAAAACCUGCUAUUGUAAUUUCUUUUAAUCCAAAUUUUUAUAAAAGGACAUCCACAAAUUCAAAAUUUAUUGACCUUCCAUAUAAACUAAUAUUUGCCAUUGCAACAUCAAACGAAUUAUUGAUAUUUGAUACAGAAAAUAACGUACCAAUUUCUGUCAUUGGUAAUAUGCAUUAUACUCCAUUGACAGAUUUGAAAUGGAGUGAUGAUGGUACGUUAUUGAUGGUAUCUUCUACGGAUGGGUUCUGUUCUUAUGUCUCUGUAGAUUCAUCUUUAUUUGGGGAAAAAAUUGAUAAUGAUUCCAAAUUGAAAUUAAUAGAACAAGUGAAUAAAUCAUCACCUCUGCUUUCACCACCUCAGGCAGAUAUACCUACUACAACAGAUCACAUUAAAGGAACUGAAUCGAAUAGUAAUAUUCCGGAACAGCCUUUAAAGAAAGCAUUCAACAUAGUGAACAUUUUACCUGUCAAAAGAAAGCUUCCAUACAAAGACGAAAGUGUAGAUAUGACCCAAGAUAAUAAGAAGAUCAGUACUGAAAAUAGGACACCUAUUAAUCCCAUAUCAUUAAAUACAUUACCAGAGAAGGUGAAAAAAAGAAUACAACCAACUUUGUUAAAACCCUUAAAGAAUGAAAAGAAUGAAUCUUAA